UCCUUGCAAACGAUUAUAAAUAGUGGAGGUUUCAGUCACAAAAUUCUCAGAACCCAACCAUGAAGUUUUCUCCAUUAAUCCUUCUUUCUCUUGCCUUUAUUAUUGUAUGUUCAUCAUCUUCAUUGUUGUCUGCAACUUCUUCUUCUUAUAUAAAACAUGAGGAGUUUCUUCAAUGUCUUCUCCAUCAUUCUCCAAAUACUUACUCUAUUACCAAACUUGUUUACGCUCCCAUCAACUCUUCCUAUUCAUCUCUCUUGAAUUUCCCCUCUCGAAACUCCAGAUUCUCAACUCCCAACAUCCCAAAUCCACUCCUCAUAAUAACCCCAACAAAUAUUUCCCACAUUCAAGCAGCCAUCAUUUGCUCCAAAUCACAUGGCCUUCAAAUUCGAAUCCGAAGCGGCGGUCACGACUUCGAGGGUCUUUCUUACGUCGCUUAUGUCCCAUUCAUUGUAGUUGAUCUCAUUAAUCUAAGAUCUGUCACCGUCGACGCCGAAAAAAGUAGUGCAUGGGUUCAGUCCGGUGCUACUCUUGGUGAACUUUACUACAGAAUUGCUGAGAAAAGUCAAACCUUGGCUUUUCCGGCAGGUGUUUGUCCAACUGUUGGUGUUGGUGGGCAUUUCAGUGGGGGUGGAUAUGGAAUCUUGCUAAGGAAAUAUGGCCUUGCUGCUGAUAAUGUAAUAGACGCUUAUUUGGUUGAUGCUAAUGGGGAGUUUCAUGAUAGAGAGUCGAUGGGGGAGGAUUUGUUUUGGGCCAUUAGAGGCGGCGGCGGAGGGAACUUUGGAGUUGUGGUGGCGUGGAAGGUCAAGCUGGUUCCAGUUCCGGAAACGGUAACGAUUUGUGCAGCUAAAAGAACUUUGGAAGAAGGUGCAAUCGAGCUAAUCGAUCAGUGGCAGUAUGUGGGUAACAAAUUGGAAGAAGAUCUAUUUCUCAGCAUCUUUUUGAAUGGUGGGAAAAAUUCAGCUCAAGGAGGAGGCAAAGUAAACCCAACAGCUUUGUUCUUCUCUUUGUUUCUUGGAAAGGCAGAUGAACUUGUGGCAAUCUUAAAGAAAAAAUUUCCUGAAUUGGGUUUGACAAAAGAAGAUUGUAAAGAAAAAAGUUGGAUUGGAUCAGCUGUUUCUGCAGCCAAUAGGUUUCAAAUUGAAGAUCAACCCUUGGAAGCUUUGCUCAAUAGAACACCUUUAGCCAAUGGAAGCUUAAAAAUCAAAUCUGAUUAUGUUAAGGAACUCAUCACUAAAGUUGGAAUUGAGGGCAUAUGGGAAAGAUUAAAAUCUCAAGAUAUAGAAGGAGUAACUCUUGCAUUGAUUCCAUAUGGAGGGAGAAUGGGUCAAAUUUCCGAUUCGGAAAUUCCUUUCUCACAUAGAGCUGGAAUUCGAUACCAAAUUGGCUAUAUUGUAGGAUGGAAAGAACAAGGUCUCGAUGCAGAGAAACGACACAUAAACUGGAUAAGAGAGAUUUAUAGUUACAUGACUCCUUUUGUUUCGAAAUCACCUAGAGCUGCAUAUGUCAACUAUAGAGACCAUGACAUUGGAUCAAAUAAUAAGUAUGGAAAGGUAAGCUACAAGCGAGCCCGUGUUUGGGGUUUAAAAUAUUUUGGUAACAAUUUUAAUAGGUUGGUACGCCUUAAAACUAAGGUGGAUCCUUCCAAUUUCUUUAGGCAUGAACAAAGCAUACCACUCUCUCCCAACCAUAGAAUUUAAUAUAGUUUCAACCUAUUAUUGUGACAAAAUCAGAGGUUUGUGUGUACUAAUUUCUAAGCAUAUA